AUGUUUCACAGUAGGGACAGUGUUCUUUUCUUGAUAUGCUUCAUUUUUUCAUUGGAUAGUUUUGAUGAACUUGGACCUUUUGAUUUCAAAACAUCCCCGUCCUGGUCAAAUACAAAGUACCUGGCAAACGUAAUUUCUCUGGAAGCCACAUUUCUGGUGAGCAGCAUCCUAUUUGUUUUGGUUGUGGAGGAAUGGAUUUGGGACUAUGGUUGCACAGUAACUGUGAUUCAUAUCACUGUAGUUUCACUGGUUAAUAUGGAAAUCCCUAUUACGACACAGUGGUGGACCUCCAUAGGCAUUGGUUUGACCAUGAUGAUCUGUGGAGGACAAAUUCUGGCUUAUCUUCUAUACCAUAACAACUUUAUCUAUCCCGACCUGGAUGAUUUUUGAAAUAAUCCUAGAGCAAAAAUUAUUUAAAAUGUAUAAAAUGCUUCUGUUUAAGUUUGUUCUUUUAUAAAGCAUUUGUUUAUCUGUACAUUUUUUUUUUUAAGUGUAGUACAUGGGCUCAUGGAUGACAGGUUGAGUCAUGCCUCAACUUGUUUCUUCGCCAUGUAUAUUAAAUUGCAUACCAGAAAUGUCAAAGUGAUUUGUAAUAGUUUUUGUUGAAAUUAAAUGAAUAUAUUUUCCUGCUAUUGCUACCAAAGAACACAAAAAUUCUACU